CCUGCUGAUGGGUCCCUCUCCUGCCCGGUUCAGGUGCGUUUUCUGGAGCAGCAGAACAAGAUGCUGGAGACGAAGCUGGAGCUGCUGCAGUCUCAAGGCGUGAGUCGCUCCAACGUGGAGCCGCUGUUCGAGGCCUACAUGGCGGCGCUGCGGCGGCAGAACGACCUGGUGAACAACGACAAAACCAAACUGGACGGGGAGCUGAGGAACAUGCAGGGCCUGGUGGAGGACUUCAAGCACAAAUACGAGGAGGAGAUCAACAAGCGAAACAACCUGGAGAACGACUUUGUCAUCCUGAAGAAGGAUGUAGACUCGGCCUACCUGGUCAAAGCAGAUCUGGAGGACAAGGUUGGCGCUCUGACCGAUGAAAUCAACUUCCUGCGCAGCGUCUACGAGGAGGAGCUACGUGAGCUUCAGGCCAGCAUCAGAGACACGUCGGUGGUGGUGCAGAUGGACAACAGCCGCAGCCUGAACAUGGAGCAGAUCGUGGUGGAAGUCAAAGCCCAGUAUGAGGAGAUCGCCGCCCGCAGCAGAGAGGAGGCCGAGGCCUGGUACAAGAGCAAGUUUGACCAGAUGUCGGUCCAAGCCAGUCAGUUUGGAGACGAGCUUCGCAUCGUGAAGGGAGAGGUCGCCGAGGUCAACCGGCUGAUCAGCCGUCUGCAGAGCGAGAUCGAGGCUGUGAAAGCACAGCGAGCCGGUCUGGAAAACCAGCUGGCUGAAGCAGAGGAGCGAGGAGAGCUGGCGGUGAAAGAGGCUAAAGCUCGAACCCGAGACCUGGAGGACGCUCUGCAGAGAGCCAAGCAGGACAUGGCCCGGCAGCUGAGGGAGUACCAGGACUUGAUGAACCUGAAACUGGCUCUGGACAUCGAGAUCGCCACCUACAGGAAGCUGCUGGAGGGAGAGGAGGACAGACUUGGGCAGCAGUCCAUCCUGAGCAUCCAGGCCGUCUCCAGCCCCGUUCCUAAAUACAGUAAUGGCUACCAAAGCAGCAGCAGCUCUCCGGCUCCGAAGCUGCUCAUCAAAACCAUCGAGACCAGAGAUAACUCCAGAUACAGCUCCCACUGAUCCCCAGGCAGGAAUCAGCAACCUUUAUAGCUCAUAUAAACUUAGAAAUAGAACUGGGAAGCAUGGUGUGUUAUGGUAUGUUUUAGUCGCACAAGAAUUAUUUGGAGUAACUGUCACUUAAAUUUAAUUCAGUAAUAUAUGAAGAGUAAAUACAGGAGAUAAACUUAUAGUGUAAUCACAGUUCCUUGGUAAAUUAAUUAAUCUAAUAAUCAUCUUUAGGUUGAAGUGUAAUCAUGGAUUUGACUGAAUUUAUUUUAAUUAUAUGGUAAUUCACAAAUAAAAAGAAUUUUUACAGCUGAGUUUUACUUUUUUCUUAAAUACAUAAAUAAAAUGUAAGAGACUUUUAAUUUGGAAACAUGGUGGUAUUAUCACUGAUUUAAUUCAAUUAAUGAUUUAUUUGAUAA